AAGGAGGCGGAGGGGUCCGCGCCAGGACGCAGACGUCCACACUGCCAGCCCUCGGGUUCAGUACCGCCUUCGUUCCACAGUGUCCAUUUGAUGGAGCCCUCUGUGAGCCCGGGAGAUCAACAGCCAGUAAGAGGCAGCCUCUAGGUUUUUAAAAGCUCAGGUCUCCUGGCUCCGCAGGGGCUGAGGCUCCUCCAUGACACCGCCCUCCUGAGAGUGACCCCUUGAGAGGAGUGAGUGAACACGGAAGCCGGUACAGCCAUGGCGACUCCCUCUGCUGCCUUUGAGGCCCUCAUGAACGGGGUGACAAGCUGGGAUGUCCCUGAAGAUGCCAUCCCCUGUGAACUGCUUCUGACUGGAGAGGCUGCCUUCCCGGUGAUGGUGAACGACGUGGGCCAGGUCCUCAUCGCUGCCUCCUCCUAUGGCCGUGGCCGCCUGGUGGUGGUGUCCCACGAGGACUACCUGGUGGAGGCUCAGCUGACGCCCUUUCUCCUCAAUGCAGUGGGCUGGUUGUGCUCCUCCCCUGGGGCCCCCAUUGGUGUUCACCCAUCCCUUGCACCUUUGGCCAAAAUCCUUGAGGGCUCCAACUUGGAGUCCAAGAUAGAGCCGGAAGUCAAAGACUCCCUGGGGGUUUACUGCAUCGAUGCCUACAAUGAGACCAUGACUGAGAAGUUGGUCCAGUUUGUGAAGCGGGGAGGGGGCUUGCUCAUUGGGGGCCAGGCCUGGGACUGGGCCAGCCAGGGCGAUGAUGAAAGGGUCCUGUUUACCUUCCCUGGGAACCUCGUCACCAGUGUGGCUGGCGUGUACUUCACCGACAACAAAGGGGACACGAGUUUCUUCAAGGUCUCUAAGAAGAUGCCCAAGAUCCCCGUGUUAGUCAGCUGUGAAGAUGACCUCUCUGAGGACAGAGAGGAACUCCUGCAUGGGAUCUCGGAGCUGGACAUCACCAAUUCAGACUGCUUCCCGUCGCAGCUGCUGGUGCACGGGGCGCUGGCCUUCCCGCUGGGGCUGGACUCCUACCACGGCUGUGUCAUCGCAGCUGCCCGCUACGGCCGGGGCCGCGUGGUGGUGACUGGCCACAAGGUGUUGUUCACAGUGAGCAAGCUGGGCCCCUUCCUGCUGAAUGCCGUGCGCUGGCUGGACGCUGGCCGCCGGGGCAAGAUCGUGGUGCAGACGGAGCUGCGGGCACUGAGCGGCCUGCUGGCGGUCGGGGGCAUUGACGCCAGCAUUGAGCCCCAGCUGACCAGUGACGCCAGCGUCUACUGCUUCGAGCCUGUGAGCGACGUGGACGUCAAGGAGCUGCAGGAGUUCGUGGCAGAGGGCGGGGGCCUCUUCGUGGGCGCCCAGGCCUGGUGGUGGGCCUUCAAGAACCCGGGCGUGUCCCCUCUGGCGAGGUUCCCGGGGAACCUCCUCCUCAACCCCUUUGGCAUCAGCAUCACCAGCCAGAGUCUGAACCCUGGGCCCUUCCGCACACCGAAAGCAGGCAUCAGGACCUACCACUUCCGCUCUACCCUGGCCGAGUUCCAGGUCAUCAUGGGCCGGAAGAGAGGCAAUGUGGAGAAGGGCUGGCUGGCCAAGCUGGGCCCGGAUGGAGCAGCCUUCCUGCAGAUCCCUGCUGAGGAGAUCCCCGCCUACACGUCCGUGCACCGGCUCCUGAGGAAGCUGCUCAGCCGAUACCGGCUGCCCGUGGCCACUCGCGAGAACCCCGUCAUCAACGACUGCUGCCGGGGCGCCAUGCUCUCACUGGCCACUGGCCUGGCCCACUCAGGGAGUGACCUCUCCCUGCUCGUCCCAGAAAUCGAGGACGUCUACAGCAGCCCCUACCUGCGCCCGUCAGAGUCCCCCAUCACUGUGGAGGUCAACUGCACCAACCCAGGCACCAGGUACUGCUGGAUGGGCACCGGGCUUUACAUACCUGCCAGGCAGAUCAUAGAGGUCUCCCUGCCUGAGUCGGCUACCUCCGCCGACCUCAAGAUCCAGAUCGGCUGCCACACUGAUGACUUGACCAGGGCCAGCAAGCUCUUCCGUGCACCACUCGUGAUCAACCGCUGCUGCCUAGACAAGCCGACCAAGUCCAUCACUUGCCUCUGGGGUGGCCUGCUCUACAUCAUCGUGCCCCAGAGCUGCAAGCUGGGCCCCGUGCCCAUCACCAUCAAGGGGGCCGUGCACGCCCCCUACUACAAGCUGGGGGAGACAUCCCAGGAGGAGUGGAAGAGGCGCAUCCAGGAGAACCCAGGUCCCUGGGGGGAGCUGGCAACAGACAACAUCAUCCUGACCCUGCCCACUGCUAACCUGCGCACCCUAGAGAACCCCGAGCCCCUGCUGCGUCUCUGGGACGAGGUGAUGGCAGCCGUGGCCAGGCUUGGUGCCGAGCCCUUCCCCUUGCGCCUGCCGCAGAGGAUCGUGGCCGACGUGCAGAUCUCAGUGGGCUGGAUGCAUGCAGGGUACCCCAUCAUGUGCCACCUGGAGUCGGUGCAGGAACUCAUCAAUGAGAAGCUUAUCAGGACCAAAGGGCUGUGGGGCCCGGUGCACGAGCUGGGCCGCAACCAGCAGCGGCAGGAGUGGGAGUUCCCCCCGCACACCAUUGAGGCCACCUGCAACCUGUGGUGUGUGUACGUGCAUGAGACGGUCCUGGGCAUCCCCCGUGGCCGUGCCAACAUCGCCCUGUGGCCUCCCGUUCGGGAGAAAAGGGUCAGAAUCUACCUGGGCAAGGGCCCCAACAUAAAGAACUGGAACGCAUGGACGGCGCUGGAAACGUACCUCCAGCUACAAGAGGCCUUUGGCUGGGAGCCAUUCAUCCGCCUCUUCACCGAGUACAGGAACCAGACCAACCUGCCCACAGACAACGUUGACAAAAUGAACCUGUGGGUCAAGAUGUUCUCCCACCAAGUGCAGAAGAACCUGGUGCCUUUCUUCGAGGCCUGGGCCUGGCCCAUCCAGAAAGAAGUGGCUACCAGCCUGGCCUACCUGCCGGAGUGGAAGGAAAAUAUUAUGAAAUUGUACCUCCUCACCCAGAUGCCCCACUGAAAUUGAAGUCAAGAAAUUCAAAAGAGGAUGGAUACAUCUCAGCAAAGAAAACAGAAGGGAUUUGGAUAUAAGUGGAGAAGAUCUCAACAUUUCUGGAAGAGAGAAAGUGGAUGAAGCAUGAUAAUGAAAGAAAGAGAAGAGAUACCUUUCGGCCAGAAUAUAAGCUCAUCUGAACCUAUGAACCCCGAAGAGCCUUGAGUACCUGAUAAUUCUGUUGACUAAAGAAGGAUGCCAGUUGUAAAGUUGUACCCCAUCCCAUUCUUACCCCACUCUUGUGUAUACAAUACAGGCAGGCCACUAUUGGUACCAGUCAAAAUGAUUUUUUGUUUUUAAUAAAGAAAUUGAAUAAAAUACCUGAGGAGAGGUAGGUGUUGGUGCUUCAGAAUGAAAUUCAAUUAUUCAUGAAGUUAGGGGCCUCCUAACUCAGUUAAUUCUCUCCUGACAUUUGAGACCCCUACUCAAGUGCCCAGUGCUUCCAUCUAUAGAAGUAGCAUACUAGAGACACAGAACUAACCACACAAUUACAGAGAAAACCCAUACCAACCACCUACAAAAGUCAACGGUUUCAGUCAUUCUUAAAUGUGAACAGUCAGCCAGAAAUUCCCAGACAUAGGGGUGGAUGUAAGGGAAAUAACCAGGUAGAGUUAGGAGUUUGAAGAAUAAGAUAAACUCUAGAGGAGACAUAGUCAAUGCAGAAAAAAAAAAAAAAACUUAAAAUUCUAAUUGUAUCUUCAUAGAGAUUUGAGAUGUAUUUGUGAAAUGAAAACAGGACGCUUCAAAGAAAGGAAAAACUCAGAAUAAAAAGAGCCUUUUGAAAAUAAAUGAGACUCCCAAAAAUAUCCAGUAGACAGGCUGAAAAAUAAAGUUGAGGGACUCGCCCAAGAUACAGAGCAAAAAGAAAAUAAGAAGAAAGGAAAGAGACACAGACUAUCGAUAUCUAACUGUCAGGAGUUCCUGAAAGAACAAAUAUAGGUGAAGAAAAAAAAAGGAAAAGCAUUGAAGAACAGAAAGACAUAAAUCUCCAGUUUGAAAAGAUCCAAUACAAUCUACAUCUAGAUACAAUCUUGUGAAAUUUUGGAACUUUAAAGAUAGAAUAUAUUACAAGUGCCCGGCAAGGGGGAAAAAAAAGGCAACAAAAAAUGGUACCAUAACUAGCUCAAUUAAAAAGGAACAAGAAAUAGAUUGGCAGCAGAUUUUUUAUCAGCAGUACUAAAUGCUAAAAGUCAAUGGAACAAUGUCUUAAAAUAUUUUAUGGGAAGUGUUUUUGUACCCAGAAUUCCAUAACAAGCCAACCUGUCAAGAGUAAAAUCAAAAUAAAUACAUUUUCUGGCAUGCCAAUUUUCAGAAAGUUACCUCCCUUGCCCCCAUGCUGAGAAAGUACCUUGAGGAAAUUGUCCAGCAAAAUGAGGAUGAAAACCAGAAAAGAGGAAGGAAUGGGGAUCCAGAAGACAAUGGCGCUCACUGAGAAUGCCUUGUUCUAGAGCAACAGUUAUCAACAGACCCAUCUCAGAUGAAGAGUGCACAGUCUUGGACUCUGGGAAGAAGGUGUGUUCCUUGGCAAAGAUAGUAUCAUUGAGAGUCUGGAUUGUUGGGAAUGUGAAAGACACACAUUAUUCCUUAGCCAACAACAACAACAACAAAAAGACAAAAGUAUCUCGAGAAAUUCAGAUGUAAUUAUGAAGCAAGAUAAAACGGAGCAUGAUUUUGAGUUACCCAUGGAGUGUAAGAAGAGACUGGAUUUGGCAUUGGUGGUGGGUACAUUCUCUGUCAAGUGGCACAGGCAUCAGGGCAUUAAGUGUGUAGGAAGAAAAUAUCCUAGCCUUGACUAGGCUUUCAGUAAAUAGUAUCUACAUAACCAUGAUAAUGAUAAUGUAGAUACGAUUUAUUGAUAAUUAGAAAAAGUAUGAAAGGCUUAGUUUUUGGCUCAGAACAGAAAAUGAAAAUAAUGCUGACAAAAUAAGGAAAAAGAAAGCAGAAAUAGGUUGAAAGUUAAUUGGUGGAAGAGGGAAGGAAGAGUAGGGCUACUUAUAUCUUCAAAGUGAGAAUGAAGAGAUAAGGUCUACAGUUAAUGGAAGAAGAACUUAAGGAUUAGUAUAUUGUUCAAAGUUAUAAAUUAAACCAACAGAAGUAUUAAAAAAUGAUGUAUCUUUUAAAAAUUUGGAGAAGGAGAUGGAAAGGAAAGGUGGGGAGAGUGUAAGUUAAAUCCUUAUCUUUUGUAAUGGGGUAUUAUUGAAGACUGUCAAGAGCUGAGAAGUUGAGAAAUUAUUGUUCAAACAUAUUAUUUAAAGUUAGGAAGUUAGUUACCAGAAGUUUAAAAAUAGAAAUCGUUAAAACGCUUUGCCUGUAGGACUAGAGUUCAAAAGAGUGGGGUGGGAAACCGUGUUUUUCGUUUUCGGUCGUGUACUAUUUAAUUUUGUACCUUGUGCAUGUAUUCCUUUGAAAAAAAUUUUUAAUAAACUCAAAUAAAAAUUC